AUGCAUAUCGCCUUUUUGUCCAACCCGGCUUCGGGUGAGGUCAAUGUGCAACUGGCCAUGGCCCAGCAGCUCGUGGCUCAAGACCAUUUCGUGACAUUCCUGUCGGCCGAGUCGUGCAGGAAGAAGGUCGACCAGCUCCGAAAGGCUCAACAGAAAUCGAAGCAAGAUCUAGUUCGCUUCAUUAGCUUAGGUGCAGGUCGUACCCUAGACGACUUCACGCCGUUCAUUCAGGAACGCAUGCCUUUCAUGCGAAGAGUUCCAGGAGACCCUGUCAGUUUAGAGACGUGUAUCGAGGCUGCUCUUGGCGCAGCAGAGGAACACGCUGAAACCGCCAUCCGGGUUCGCGACCACCUCAACGCGCUCGACCCUGAUAUGAUUUGUGUCGACAUUCUGACGCCACCUCUUGUCACCGGGGUACGUCUGACAAAACGGCAAUUCAUUCUUACCAUCCCUUGCUCGCCGGGGCUAACAGCCUUGCCGGGUAUGUUUGAACCGCAUAUGGUGGCCGCGAAGCGCGACGGCUCAUGGGGAACCUUAUUUGAGAACAUGUACCUGAGGUUCCGUGGAUCUCUCCACAGUCGGACUCACCGCGAUUGUAUAGCCAAGCGUGAGAUGCUUUCUCGGCGUUUUGGUCUACAGUCUUACGGUGUCUCUCGAGACACGUCGCUGGUUCCCCCCUACUGGGAAGAUGAGAACUGCAUGGCGGGUAUUCACUUCAACACUCCUGGUCUGUCCGACUGCCCUCGACAAUCAUCCAAGAUAGUCUUUGUCGGGGCCGGCGUCUCGGUGGAGACGCCCCAGACGGCAUUCUCCGAGUUCGAUUGGAUGGAAGAAGCCAUACUCCAGGGCGAAGACGUCGUAUACAUCAACAUGGGUUCCAUGUUCAUCUGGCAGCGACAUGAGUUUUGGAACUGCAUCGCGGGCUUCGAAACAGUAUACAAGAAAAAAGACGGCCACAUACGCUUCCUCUUCAAGAUCAAUUUUCCUGUUGACUCUCGCCACGGCUUGUUCUCGACCGACGAGCUACCCUCGUACGUACGACUGACCAACUGGAUUGAGGACCAAAGUGCCAUCUACUCACACCCGGCUCUCAAGGCCUUUAUUCACCAUGGAGGGGGAAAUUCCUUCAACGAAGCAGUAUACUACGGCAUCCCACAACUGGUCCUCAGCCAGUGGCUCGACACUCACGAAUACGCCAACUACGCGCAUGAAUUAGGCCUCGGCCUUCGGAGCGAUCGGCCGCCACACAUCGACGCCCAAGAUAUUGCAGCCAAGAUCCUGACACUCCUGGGUCCACUCUGGCCGACAUUCAAGUCCCGCUGCCAAAUAUGGGCCGUCCGAAGCCAUAUCGCUGGUGGUGCGUCGUCGGCAGCCAAAAUUGUGCUCUCACAUGCAGAGUUGACUGAGCGGCAAGAUUCCGGCUUGAGUUUACCCCCCUCCCCGAUGUCGACCGAAUGGGCAAUUUAG